AUGCAGGUCAGGGCCGAGGGGCCGGAGGACCUGGCCCGCCUGCUCCCCCGAGACCCGGCGGCACGUCUGUACGUCACCACUGUGGCCCCUGUCACUUCUGACAGCAGUGCUACCAGCCCGGGCGCAGCAGGGAGGGAGCGGCCUGAGUGCCGACGCGAGGCCCAGCAACGCAGAGCUCGCGGCGCACUGAGGUCGGCGGCCCGGGAGGACUGGAAACGGAGGUGCACUCGAGCUACAGUGGACUUGAAUACAGAUGGGGAGCAUCACUGGUUGAAAGGUGGGGGCAGCCGGGGCGGCCAGCCUCUCUCCCGGCACUGCCCAGAACACGCCUGGGAGCAGGGAAAGGCGGUGCAGAGAAGCGAGCUGCCAGACGUCUGCUGCGAGGACACCAAGGAGACCGGGCCCUCCUGCCGCCCCCCUACCCGGGCGCCGGGCCAGCAUCCGCCUGCUGGUCAAGCCAGAAAUGGGGGCAACACCAGGGGCUAG